UCUUUACGUGUCUGUGACGUCACGCGCGGCCCCUUCGCCACUAGGAACUAGCAGCUACCCUGCCAAGACGUUAGGUGGCUUUCCUGCUUUUGGGGGGGGCGUGCAGGCUGCUAGCAGCAAAACGUGAAUGUGUCAGAUGUUGUCCUUGGCCUAGUGCGGGGCCGAGAUACGGGGCUCCCAAUCUGCCCCUGGGGCUUGUUUCUUUCCUGCCAUGGUUGUGUCUGCAUUCCUUACUACAUAAGCAGUAUCUUUACUGGGCAUGAAUAUGCCCUAAAUUUCUCUUUUCCAACAUGUGUGUGUGUUGGAAGUAAAAGCCAGUCCCCUAGGGGAUCACAUUGGUAGGCAACAGUUCAGUUGCUUUUUUUUUUAUUUUUUGGGCUUCUUUUCUGCCAGUAAUACUGUAGGUGUGCCUUGUGAGGGCUUAUUGGAAGGUAGUGGUCUCUCUCUGUUCCCAGGCACUGCUCUUCCUUGUGCAGAGAGGUCUAACCAAACAGUUCACUUCAUUAUUAGAAAUUAUUGGUAAUUGUAUUAUCGGGAUGUUCUGCCUGAGGCAACUGUAAGGUAAAAUGACCACCAGGACUCCGCUGCCGACUGUAAAUGAACGAGAUGCUGACCAGCCAGCACUGGGUCAUGCGGAUCAAAAAACAAGCAGCAGUGGCAGCAGCAAACCUAACAUGCUGCGAUGCCGCACAUCUAUCGCCACAACAGCUGAUGAACAGCCACACAUUGGAAACUACCGGCUCCUCAAAACCAUUGGCAAAGGCAACUUUGCUAAAGUUAAACUUGCACGGCAUGUACUGACUGGCAAAGAGGUUGCGGUAAAAAUUAUAGAUAAAACACAACUUAACUCCUCUAGUCUACAGAAGCUUUUCAGAGAAGUGAGGAUCAUGAAAGUUUUAAAUCAUCCUAACAUAGUUAAGUUAUUUGAGGUUAUUGAAACUGAGAAGACGCUGUAUCUAGUUAUGGAGUAUGCUAGUGGAGGAGAAGUGUUUGAUUACCUUGUUGCACAUGGACGUAUGAAAGAGAAAGAAGCCCGUGCCAAAUUCCGGCAGAUUGUAUCCGCUGUACAGUAUUGCCAUCAAAAGUUAAUUGUGCAUAGAGACUUGAAGGCCGAGAAUUUGCUGCUAGACUCAGACAUGAACAUUAAAAUUGCUGACUUUGGCUUCAGCAAUGAAUUCACGUUUGGGAACAAGCUAGACACAUUUUGUGGAAGCCCCCCCUAUGCAGCACCGGAACUUUUUCAGGGCAAGAAGUAUGAUGGUCCUGAGGUUGAUGUAUGGAGUUUGGGUGUUAUUCUCUAUACACUGGUUAGCGGUUCUCUUCCUUUUGAUGGACAAAACUUAAAGGAGUUGCGUGAGCGAGUAUUACGAGGCAAAUAUCGUAUUCCUUUUUAUAUGUCUACGGAUUGUGAAAACCUGCUAAAGAAAUUUCUCAUAUUAAACCCCGCAAAGAGGGGUACACUAGAGCAAAUAAUGAGGGAUCGCUGGAUGAAUGUUGGACAUGAAGAAGAUGAGCUAAAGCCCUAUGUGGAGCCUAUUCCAGAUUACAAGGACCCCAAAAGAACAGAGUUAAUGAUAACCAUGGGUUAUACCCGAGAAGAAAUCAGCGACUCUCUAGUUAACCAGAAAUAUAAUGAGGUCAUGGCUACUUAUCUACUGCUGGGUUACAAGUCAUCUGAGACGGAUAAUGACAACUUAACUCUGAAGCCCAGACCCCCACCAGACGUCACUAAUAGCAUAGCCCCGUCACCUGCUCACAAAGUGCAGCGCAGUGUUUCAGCCAAUCCCAAACAGAGAAGACUCAGUGACCAAGCUGGACCAGCCAUCCCCAACUCCAAUUCCUACUCCAAGAAGACCCAAAGCAACAAUGCUGAAAACAGGCGAUCUGAGGAUGACAAAGAAAGUGGGCGCAAGUCCAGCAGUACUGUCCGAGUUCCACCAAGUCCUCUUUCUGGGCUUGACAGAAAGAAGACAACACCAACCCCAUCUACGAACAGUGUACUUUCUACUGGCACUAAUCGCAGUCGCAACUCGCCAAUGCUGGACAGAGCCUCACUUGUGCCUGGAUCUGUACAGAAUGGAAAGGAUAGCUUCUCUACACCUGGGUCCCGUGCCUCCACCGCUUCUGCCCCAGCCACCUCUGCUCGGAUCCGACAGCACCAGAAAUCCAUGUCCACUUCUGUGCACCCUUCCAAACCCGCUCCUUCCCUGGAUGGAAACUGUGAAGUUCAAAGGCCAAGCACAGCCCCCCAGAGAGUGCCUGUAGCAUCCCCCUCAGCUCACAACAUAAGUAGUGCCGCAACAGAGCGGACCAACUUCCCUCGUGGUGUUUCCAGCCGCAGCACAUUUCAUGCUGGCCAGGUCCGCCAAGCUCGGGACCAACAGAACCUGGGAUUUGGAAGCGUCUCACCUGCUUCUCCUUCUGGGAACAGCCAGGGGCGGAGGGGGGCUACUGGGAGCAUAUUUAGCAAAUUCACAUCCAAAUUUGUGCGCAGAAAUCUGUCUUUCAGAUUUCCAAGAAGGAAUCCAAAUGAACCAGAAGGGAAAGACCGAGUGGAGAGUACAAGGCCUCACCUCACAGUGCUAGACAAGGAGAAGGAUAAAGAAGACCAUCGGGACUCCAAGCCUCGCUCUCUGCGCUUCACCUGGAGCAUGAAAACCACCAGCUCAAUGGAGCCCAAUGAGAUGAUGAGCGAGAUCCGCAAAGUCCUGGAUGCAAACAACUGCCAACAUGAAUCACAGGAAAAAUAUAUGCUGCUCUGCGUCCACGGGACUCCUGGUCACGACAACUACGUGCAGUGGGAAAUGGAGGUGUGCAAGCUUCCGCGUCUCUCUCUCAACGGUGUACGCUUCAAGCGCAUCUCUGGCACCUCCAUCGCAUUUAAGAACAUUGCUUCCAAAAUAGCCAAUGAGCUGAAACUUUAACAUGGCUCUUUCUCUGUGAGGGAGAGAAACACAGGACUGCAAAAAGGCCCAGCCACUCCUCACACCCCUGCUCUCUUGUGGCACGAGAUUGUAGGAAAUUACUCCCUGCCGCCACGUUCUGGAAGUGGCCAAUGCAGUGUGAGGAAGAAAGGAGAAUUGCGGGGGGGGGUGGAUUAACUGCUCCUUUCACCAUAGAAUUUGAGCAUAUUUUAUUUGGAAUAGAUUUAUAAUUAUUUUUUUUUUCUUUCCAUUUUCUUCAGAGAUUGGGGGCGGGACUCAAAUUAUAUUCUAAACAGAGAAGUUGGCAGGGGGUGAGAAACAAAGCUAAGGCGUUUGCCCCCCCAUUAAAAUGUCAGCUGUGUGCUGCUGUUAUCUCUGGUACAGAUUAGAAAUCACAGGCUGAGAGAGAGAAAUUUCAAGGCUUGAGGGCAAGGAUUUCAUGAACCCUUUUUCAGUCCAGACCAGUUUCACUUUACAUAUUACAGAACUUUAAAGGCAUGUCUUAGACACUGAAAUAAUAGCUCAGGGUGCCCAUAAUACAUCGGUACAGAGAUACGCAGGCGACAUGGGAGGGAGUGUGUGUAGGUGACUGGAUUUGUAUGGAGGAAACCUUAUGGGCAACUGAUGUUUUAUAAAUAAAUGAAAAUGCAGGUUUCCUUUUAUUUUAUUUAUUCCCAUGGAAAUUGAGCGUUUCAGAUGCAUCUGCAGGGCAUAGUCAGCUCUUCCAAUGAGUGCUUGGUACAUGUGUGAUAAUACCCAGGUUCACACUCGCACUAGAUAAAUACCCUUUUCUUUUUAAUUCACCUUUUAAAUUUCUAAUACUGAGAUUUUAACUUCUUGCCGUGCCCAGAGUUUAAUGUGGACUUUGUGAGUGGCACGCAGACCAAUGCCACAGAUAUCUACAGCCUUUUAUUCAUAACAGCAUGCCUGCACCUUGGCUUCUCUCCAGUGUUUCUAUCCAGAAAGGUUUCCUUCUCCAACUCGGAUCCUGCUGGCUUGUUCCAAGAUUAAAGACUCUUCUCCUUUUUUCCUGCCACUUUUAUAGAACUGUUUUUCAUUUCUCUAUAUCAAGGUAAAAUCCAAGGGCAUCGAUGGCAGUGGGAGCAGUUUUCCUGCAAAUAGGGUUGAGUGUGCCAUGGUAUGUAUGCUUAGCGCACAAGAUAUAGGGAGAUAUGAACCCCUCAGCUGCAGGAAGGGGACUGUAACUGUUGUAUAUAUGUGUCUCGAGCCCUGCCUGCAGCGGAGGGGUACAGUAGUCACAGACACCCCAGAUGCUGAUCACUUGCUGGCAUUAUAGACUUUAGUUUGUAUAUUUUUUGUUUCUGUUUUUUUUCCCCUUCGUGUGAAUGAUUCAAUCGCUGUUUGGAAAAAAAAAAAAAUCAAGAAAAGCUUCAUAUAAAUAAUAGUGGUUUC